AUGGCUGAAGGAGGCACUGGUGAAGGAGGCACUGGGGGAGGAGGUGCGCUGAACGGCUCAUCAUUAAGUGUUGUGGUGUGCGCCGAGCAGAGGCAGACAGCGGAAUUUGUCACAGCAUUGAGGGAUGUGAAGAAAGCAGUGGAUGACAUACACCGGGAAGUGAGUGCCACGAAUGAAGUGUGUGUGGACGUGAAGUCUCGACUCCAGGCCACAAAAUCAGAGACUCGGCACCUCAUCCACCAGACGACCUCACUCCAGAACCGGAGAAUAGUCCAAGAUGGUGAUCACAGCCAUCUUCCGCAGCAACAAGGUACGUACGCAGUAAACAGUGGUCAAGGCAUUUGUGAGGUGCCAAGUUUAGUUAGCAACAAGCUACACAUGCAGGAGACAGUGGCUGAGGCAUUUGUGAGGUGCUUCCAAUUGACACCAGAUGAGGUAGCCACCAUCAAGGGGUCCACCAGAGAGUCCCCCAUCACCCCAGAGUUCUUUACCAUCCUGGACAAGACACAGAAGAUACGCAGCAACACCAAGUACCUCCUGCAGACGGGCCACCAAAACACUGCCUUGGAUGUGGUGGAGCAAAUGAAUGUGUGCCGUGAAGCAGGUCUGGAGAGGCUGUACCGCUGGUGUCAGGGGCAGUGUUGCUCCCCAGACCCCUCACCUUUGCUCACACAAGCCUUAGCAGCUCUGCAGGAGAGACCAGUGCUUUUCAACCUGGUGGUGGAGGAGUGGGUGGUGGUGGUGAGAUGAGGAUGGCUGGUGAGGGGCUUCCUGGAUGCUCUCACCAUAGGAGGACCUGGAGGAGCACCACGACCCAUACAGCUGCAGGCACAUGACCCCCCCUCUGCACUACGUGGGGGACAUGCUGGCAUGGGUGCAUCAACCCCUCCCUUCUGAACGUGAGGCGGCCCAAUCACUUUUUGCCAAGUGCUCCAAUCUAGACCCAACAGAGGAGACAAGGAGUACUGUGGCCAGCGUAUCGGAGAGUGUUUGCCGUCCUCCUAGAACCAGAAUUGAGCAGACGAUUGUGACAGACCAGCGUCGGGAGGGAGGCAAGAAACCCGUCAUGUUGUACAAGAUAAGCAACCUCCUCAGAUUCUAUCACAACACUAUUUUGCAGGUGACUGAUGCAGGACUGCUGGUGGCCACUCUUGAUGAACUCCACCAGCUAAGCUACAAGAUGUUUUUAUAUCAGCACUGCAGAGUCAAGUGAGCCACGUGAGUGAGUGAGAGGAUAGAGCCGCCAGGAGAGACACUGGCACCCACACCUGGAGUGGCACGCACCCUGAGUCUGCUCACUGAGGUGGUUACUGCCGCCACUGUGGCUGACGACGCACACCAUGAUUGUAAGCAGAUUGUGAGUUGUGUGGUGGAUCCUCUGAUGAAUGCGAUAAGUGAGAGUGCAACUGGACUGGGUGCAGUGGAGUCUGCUGUGUAUCUGCUCAACUGCUUCCACCAGCUGCACACCACUGGGGAUAAACUAGAGAUGAUCCAGGGACAGAAUGACGCCCAGCUGGACACACUGAGCCAGGAGCAGAUCAAUGGGGUGUGUGUGUCAUAGCAUGGGAGUGGCCACCAUGUACCCACUGAUCACCAACCCUCCCACCACACCUCUCUCCCAGCACCCAUCGUGUCAGCCUUUGGCCAUACAGGCAUUCAUGACCAAGCUGGAUGGGUUCCUGGCUGCCCCUGACCAUCUCAUGCUGCCCCACACCAGGCUGCUGCUCUCCUCCUCCUCCUUCAGACGGUCCCUGCAACAGCGCACAGCAGAGGCAGUGUGCACAGUUUACAAGCAGCUGCAUGAUAUAGUCCAUAACCCAACCCAUGGCUACACAGACCCCAGUUCCCUCCUGCCCAGUGACCCUGAGACUGUGAAAUGACGUGAAGAAUGACUGAGAAUGCAAGGAAUGCAAGAAAAGGCAUGAAGUCUGGAUGUGUGAAUGUGCAAGGAUAGGGCAUUGGGAAAUUUGAGGAUGUGUAAGGAACUGAAUGAAUGGCAUUUCAACAUAGUCAGAAUGACCGAGACACACUUGAAAGAUGAUGUGAAAUUGGAUGGUAGUAAGUAUGUGAUGAUUGGAAAGGGACAGAAAGUUCAAGAUAGGGUAGGAGGAAGAGUAACUUUUUUUUUUUUUUGUAUAGGAAGGAAAAGAACUUCAGAAUAGAAAAGUUAGAUAUAGGAAACUGUGCCAUGAGUGAGGAAAUUUUAGCAGCAAAGGUAGAGUGCACAGGUGAGCAUGGGAAGUGUGAAACACUGGUGGUGAUUGUGGUGUGCAUGACAGUUGACGGGGAGAGAGCAGCAAGAGAGAACAGCAGGAAGUAUGGAAUAUUGAGGAAGAUCAUAAGAAAGUGAAAGGAGAGAGUAAUGAUUAUGGGAGACAUGAAUACACACGUAGGUAUUUUAGGUGAGCGGAUGCAUGAGAAUGGUGAGAGAUGCUUGAUGAGUUUGUGAAUGACAUGGAUGUGGAAGGAAGUGGAAAAGUGAGACAGAGUAGUGAAACUUGUGGGACUGAGUGAAUAGAAGAAUAAAAUGGAACAAAAGAAUAUUCAGAGUGGUAAAGAGAGAAAGAGGCCCCAAUGUAUGAAAAGUGGUAUAAGGGAAGCCUGGGUGAUGAUUUCUUCCGAGCUAGGGCACAGUGUAUGUGUGUGAAUGCAAGGUGUUAAAGAUGGUUUGAGUUCUGCAGCAAAGUAUACCGGAUGUGUGACAUUGGAGAGGAUGAGACGGUGGAGCAUAUGGUGCUGGAGUGUGUGAAGUAUGCCAGAGACAGAAAUGAGAUGAUGCAAGUGGUGCAGAGGGAGCUGGGGAAGGUCAGAGUGAAGACAGGAAAGGAAUGGAUUGGAUGGUGUUGCUGCUGGGGAUGUGUGGGGAGACGAAUGAAAGGAUGAUUGAGGCAGUGAAGGAGUUCCUGGAAAAGAUGUGGUGUAUUAAAUAUAGGAAUUAGUGGUGUGAAGGAUGGUGUCUGUUUUCUGUUUGCCUUUUUUUAUUUAUUUUUUUUCCCUACAGGAGUUGCCGAUACUCCUGGACCAGGAGCAGUCCCGAACCAUCUGUAACAUUAAAAUGAAGAUCAAGAUGAUCGAGAUCAAAAUCAAGAUCAUGGCUGUCUUGCUCCGCUCGUCUUUCAUCCAAGCAUUGCUGCCAGUUUCUAGGUUAGCGGCACAACCAGUAUGCCUGACUCGACCACUUUGCCGAAAGCCACCAGAAGAUUGUGUGAGCAUGGUGGUGAUGCCAGACCUGCUGCCACUGUCAAGAAUGGUGAAACUAAAGAAAAAUCAAUUAAAUCUCAGAAUCUGGAAACCCAGAUAGAAGACCAUAAGCCACUUCAGGGGACAGAGGGAAAGAAGACUGGAGAGUCUGACUAACAUGUCUUAAAACAUGAGUCCAGUGUAAAAGAGAAAGCUGCUGCAGAGAAACAAGACAAGAAGACAUCUAGCCACAAGAAACUACAUGAUCUUUCAUCUUUGGCUAGUACUGACCCCACAUUCCUGUGGAGCCUCAAGUGCAGCUGUCACAUCCCAAAGCUCGGAAGAAGACCAAAACUGCAGGAAAAGGCAAAUUAUCCCCGGUAUCAGAGCCUGACCUUGAACCUGAGCUUGUUUUAGCAACCAAAGAAGUGGCUAAAAGUCUUGGUGGGGAUGUGAAGGAAACUGAGUCUGAGCUUCUGUCCACCUUGUGCCUCCACUCUUCAGAGACUACCACUGGCACUGCCCCAUCUCUCAGUGAAAUUGUUUGUGGGCAUGAAGGUGGAGAGAAAGCCACAAUCAGGGAUGGAGGAAGUGCCAUGUCACCUUCCUUCUGGUACCGAGGUCAGGCAAGGGUACCACGUUGACCCGAAAGACCAGCCCCGAGCCCUCAAGCCCUACAUUCAGCCUCGGGAUUCAUCUGUGCUCAGGUCACAGUGUUUUCUCUACACCACACUCUAUGUGCAGGGCUCAUGUUGAUCUCUUUGGAGGUCAACCUUUGGGGAUAUUUAAGAAAAGGGAAGAAGAUACCCAUGGACCUGCUGCUCCAAUAUCAGUGUUGCCCACAUGGGAGAGAUUGUACCUACAUGAGCUGGAGCAGAGUAUGCAGCAUCCUCCUAGUAAUGCCUUUGUGGAGAUGAUACAGUGGACUUAGCAAGGCAAGCUGUGGACCUUCCCCACUGAUAAUGAAGCAGCAGGUUUGGUGGAGGAAAUGAAAGUGGGAUUCCAUGAGCAUGUCUUCCUUGAGAGACACUUGGAAGGAUGGUGCCCAAAACGUGGCCCCAUCAGACACUUCAUGGAGCUGGUUUGCACUGGACUCUCAAAGAAUCCUCAUCUAACUGUGGAGCGAAAACAAGCACAUAUUGAAUGGUACAAGAACUACUUCAACCAAAAAGAGAAGUUGCUUAAAGAGUUGGGAGCUAUAGAGGUUUCAUAAUUACAAUUGGACAAUGCUGAGUAUUUCAAGGCAAGUUGCCAUUCAUGUUUCUCUUGUAGAAUUUUAUUAUUGUAAAUUUCAGGUUUUAUGCACAAUGGAUGCAUGCAGUAUUUGCUGGUGGAUUAGAUACACCUCCACAUCACACCCAUAUUUUAUAAGGAGAUUUUGAAAAAGAGAAAAUUUAUUGUGUUUUGAGAGGGGGAGGGGGGGAAUUAAUCAUCUGACACAAAUGAUUGCUUUGCCACAACAGAACCAAGUCUUUGAUAAAUAGUGUUCAGCGCACUACUUCUGAACACAGAUCACCCCAUAUCCCCUUAACCAUAUUUCACUACCUCUUCUGUGUUCUGUAUUAGAUGCAGGGUAAUUUUUAUUUAUUUUUUUCCCAUCUAAUCCAAUAGAAAAUACAGCAGAUGCCUGAAGACCUUGUAAAUAAUCAGAAUAUAUGAUA